UGAGGAGCAGUGGAAGAUGCCGGCUCUGCCAGCGCUACUGCUGUCGAUUUACGUCCUCCUCCUGCUGCUGACCACGGCGCCGCUCUCCUUCAGCCAGGCCAACACCCUCUCCGCCGUCCGGAUGGCGGCCAUUUUGGACGACCAGUCGUCGUGCGGUCGUGGCGAGCGGCUGGCACUCGCCCUGGCGAGGGAGAACAUUAACAGUCUGAUGGAGGGACCGUCCCAGGCCCGGGUGGAGGUCGACAUCUACGAGCUGCAGAAGGACUCGCAGUACGACACCACCGACACCAUGUGUCAGAUCCUGCCGAAGGGCGUGGUCUCCGUGAUUGGCCCCGCCUCCAGCCCGGCCUCAGGCUCCACCGUCAGCCACAUCUGUGGGGAGAAAGAGAUCCCGCACGUGAAGAUCGGUCCGGAGGAGACGCCCAAGCUGCCGUACCUGCGCUUCGCCUCGGUGACGCUCUACCCGAGCAACGAGGACCUGAGCCUGGCCAUCGGAGCCAUCCUGCGCUCCUUCAGCUUCCCCACCGCCAGCCUCAUCUGCGCCAAGGCCGAGUGCCUGCUGCGAUUGGAGGAGCUGGUGCGCCGCUUCCUGAUCUCCAGGGAGACGCUGUCGGUGCGCAUGCUGGACGACAGCCUGGACCCGACGCCGAUGCUGAAGGAGAUCCGCGACGACAAAGUGGCCACCAUCAUCAUCGACGCCAACGCCUCCAUCUCCUACCACAUCCUGAGGAAGGCGAGCGAGCUGGGCAUGACGUCGGCCUUCUACAAGUACAUCCUCACCACCAUGGACUUCCCCCUGCUGCGGCUGGACGACGUGGUGGACGACCAGUCCAACAUCGUGGGCUUCUCCAUGCUGAACAGCAGCCACCCCUUCUACCUGGAGUUCAUCCGGAGCCUCAACCUGUCCUGGAGGGAAGGCUGUGACAUCAGCCCUUACCCCGGCCCGGCGCUGUCGUCGGCGCUGAUGUUCGACGCGGUGCACGUGGUGGUGGGCGCCGUGCGGGAGCUGAACCGCAGCCAGGAGAUCGGGGUGAAGCCGCUGAGCUGCACCUCGCCGCUCAUCUGGCAGCACGGGACCAGCCUGAUGAACUACCUGCGCAUGGUGGAGUAUGACGGCCUGACAGGGCGCGUGGAGUUCAACAGCAAGGGCCAGAGGACAAACUACACCUUGAGGAUCCUGGAGAAGCACCCCGGGGGUCACAAAGAGAUCGGGAUCUGGUACUCCAACAACACGCUGGCCAUGAACUCCACUUCGCUGGACCUCAACACGUCAGAGACGUUGGCCAACAAGACGCUCAUCGUCACCACAAUCCUGGAAAACCCGUAUGUGAUGCGUAAAUCCAACUACCAGGAUUUCCAGGGGAACGACCAGUACGAGGGGUUCUGCGUCGACAUGCUGCGGGAGCUCGCCGACAUCCUCAAGUUCUCCUUCAAGAUCAAGCUGGUGGACGACGGCCUGUACGGCGCGCCAGAGCCCAACGGCAGCUGGACCGGCAUGGUGGGAGAGCUCAUCAACAGGAAAGCCGACCUGGCGGUGGCAGGUUUCACCAUCACCUCAGAGAGAGAGAAGGUGAUCGAUUUCUCCAAACCCUUCAUGUCUCUGGGCAUCAGCAUCCUCUACCGGGUUCACAUGGGUCGUAAGCCGGGCUACUUCUCCUUCCUGGACCCGUUCUCUCCGGCUGUGUGGCUCUUCAUGCUGCUGGCCUACCUCGCCGUCAGCUGCGUCCUCUUCCUGGCCGCCAGGCUCAGUCCCUACGAGUGGUAUAACCCUCACCCCUGCCUGCGGGAGCGACGGGACGUCCUGGAAAACCAGUACACACUGGGAAACAGCCUGUGGUUCCCGGUGGGAGGCUUCAUGCAGCAGGGAUCAGAGAUCAUGCCCAGAGCCCUGUCCACCCGCUGCGUCAGCGGGGUCUGGUGGGCGUUCACACUGAUCAUCAUCUCGUCCUACACGGCCAACCUGGCGGCCUUCCUCACCGUCCAGAGGAUGGAGGUUCCCAUCGAGUCUCCGGACGACCUCGCGGAUCAGACCAACAUCCAGUACGGCACCAUCCACGGAGGGUCCACCAUGACCUUCUUCAUGAACUCGCGGUACCAGACGUACCAGCGGAUGUGGAACUACAUGCACUCCAAGCAGCCCAGCGUGUUCGUGAAGAGCACCGAGGAGGGCAUCGCCCGCGUCCUCAACUCCAAGUACGCCUUCCUGAUGGAGAGCACCAUGAACGAGUACCACCGCCGCCUCAACUGCAACCUCACGCAGAUCGGAGGCCUGCUGGACACCAAAGGAUACGGCAUCGGCAUGCCGCUGGGUUCUCCGUUCAGAGACGAGAUCACGCUGGGCAUCCUGCAGCUGCAGGAGAACAACAGGCUGGAGAUCCUGAAGCGGCGCUGGUGGGAGGGAGGCCAGUGUCCCAAAGAGGAGGACCACCGAGCCAAAGGUCUAGGCAUGGAGAACAUCGGCGGGAUCUUCGUGGUUCUGAUCUGCGGCCUCAUCAUCGCC